ACACGCCUGGAAGUUGAGUGAACUGUCGGACCAACAGGCAUGGGGUACUACACCAGUUUUAAUCCAGAAACAAGCCAAAGCCAAAGUAAACAUCUUUAAUUUUUAUCGAAGCCGAAAAAGUAACAAAUAAGCGACCUUGAUGAUGCAGCCCCAUGGGACCGAAUCCUAGUUGGACUUCUCAAUUCCAUCCGGCGGCUAACGGUUUGAUCUGUCGAUGAUGAAUUUGAUCAUUUCCUGCGUUCACGUCGUAUUUGAAGGGACAGAAAGGAGACGAAUUCCUCUCGACUAAUCGAAGACCUCCUCCUUGAAGAAGUGUAAAACAUGCCCUUGCCGUUUGGCUUAAAACUCAAAAGGACUCGAAGGUAUACAGUUUCAAGUAAGAGCUGUCUUGUCACUCGGAUUCAGCAGCUCAAUGGAGAGUUUGUUGAGUUUACACUUUCGGUGGAGAGCACUGGACAGGAAUGUUUGGAAGCAGUAGCUCAGAGACUCGAGUUAAGAGAGAUAACAUACUUCAGCCUGUGGUACUUCAACAAGCAGAACCAGCAGAGAUGGAUCGACUUGGAAAAGCCACUGAAAAAGCAGCUGGACAAGUAUGGGCUGGAGCCAACCGUUUACUUUGGAGUCGUGUUUUACAUACCCAGUGUCACCCAACUGCAACAAGAGAUCACAAGAUAUCAGUAUUACCUCCAACUGAAGAAGGAUGUUCUGGAGGGCAGGAUCUCAUGCUCUCUAGAUCAAGCCAUCCAUUUAGCUAGUUUGGCAGUGCAAGCUGACUUUGGAGACUUCAAUCGGUAUGAUUCCCAGGAGUUCCUUCAGAAGUUUGUGCUGUUCCCUAUCGAUUGGAUCCAGGAUGAGCGAGUACUGGAGGAUGCCACUCAGAAAGUGGCUCUCCUCUAUCAGACCUUCAGAGGAUUGUCAGCUCCUGAAGCAGAAAUGUUAUACAUGCAGGAGGUGGAGAAAAUGGAAGGUUAUGGCCAGGAAAGCUAUCAGGCUAAGGACAGUACGGGCACAGAUGUUACACUGGGAUCCUGCCUCGAUGGUAUCUUUGUCAAGCAUAAAAAUGGACGGCCACUUCUUCUAUUUAGGUGGAGUGAAAUUAACAACAUGAGUCACAACAGGUCCUUCUUUGCCCUGGAGCUAUCCAACAGAGAGGAGAGUGUUCAGUUCCAGACCGAAGACAUGGAAACCUCCAAAUAUGUGUGCCGGAUGUGUCUGGCCAGGCUCAAGUUUUAUAAGAUUAACAAGAGUAACCUAGAGGAGUGUGACCCCCUGCCUUCUGAGGGCUCCCAGAAGUCCCUCCUCACUCUAUCCUUUCCUCGCUUUCCAAUGCUCUCUCGUCCCUCUAUGCCUUCUAAUAAGGGCCAAACUCAGCCCACAGUUGUGAACCCAGUGAGACGGAGAUCUUCAACUAGAUUGUCUUUGCCAAAGCCUCAGGGCUACAUGAUGCCUCCUCCACAGAUGCACUACAAUGGCCAUUUCACAGAGCCUUACACAUCAUCACAAGACAACCUGUACAUGAACAGUCAGAACGGUUACUACUACCACUCCCAGACCAGUCUGGACUGCCCACCCCUGGAGUACAGCAGUGGGGGGCGUUUACGUAACGGCAGUGUGUACAGUGCCCACAGCACCAGCUCUCUAACAAACCCUCAGCAUUACCUUCAGCCCUCCCCCAUGUCCUCCAACCCCUCUAUCACCGGAAGUGAUAUCACCAGGCCGGACUACGUCCCCUCACAUCGCCACAGUGCUCUGAUCCCCCCAUCAUACCGUGCCACUCCUGAUUACGAGACUGUGAUGCGUCAGAAGACCCGAGCAACGGGGGGAGGGAUGGUUCUGUCGCAGGAGCACCGGCAGAGCCACUCCAUGAGGAAUCUAAACAUUGGAAACUCGUAUGCCUAUAGUAGACCGGACCCUCUAGUUUACAGUCAGCCAGAGAUCAGGGGGGAGCAUGGUGGAGCAGCCCAACACCAUCACUACCCCUUCCAUCUGGGUUCCAGCUUUCACAGCCCCUCUCCUUACCCCUACCCUGUAGAGAGGAGGUCUGUGGUGGGGGCAGUCAGCGUCCCAGAGCUCACGAACGUGCAGCUGCAGCAGGCCCAGGAGUAUCCAGCCCCAAACAUCAUGAGAACACAUGUGUACCGACCCCCUCCACCUUACCCAUAUGCACAUCCACGGCCCGCCAACAGCACACCUGACCUCUCACGCCAUCUGUACGUCAGCAGUAGCAACCCAGAUCUGAUUAUCACACGGCGAGUCCACCAUUCAGUACAGACUUUCCAAGAGGACAGUCUGCCAGUCGCACACUCCUUACAAGAAGUAUCGGAGCCUCUUUUCAGUGGACCCUCACACAGACAUCCAUACCACACCCAGAAACGCAAUUCCAUUGAGAUUGCUGGACUAGCUCAUAGUCUUGAGGGGAUGAGGGUCAAAGAGCGGACCGUGUCUUCUUCAGCAGCUGAAACCGUCUCGCCGCCUUUGGCCCUGCUUGACUCUCGUUCUCAGAGUUCUCAGCUCAAUGUGUUACUGGAACGUGCGAAGACAGAGGACAGGGCAGAUAUUAAGGAGGAGGCUGUGCAGUACGGGCACAAAAAGUCCCUUUCAGAUGCCACCAUGUUGGUCCACAGCAGCGGUGAAGAAGAGGAGUUUGAAGAUGACAGCGGGCGUCACACGCCGCUCUCUCAGGACGCCAUAGCAGCAACCGUCAUCCCAGACCAACGGCCACAGCAGCAGCACCACAGCCUGACAUCCCUGUCCUCUUUGACUUCUCAGCAGCAGACCCCCAAGGAGCCCCCUCCAGCGUAUCCCAUAGGCUCCUCCCUGGACCCGUCUAUUACCAGCCCUUUGACCUACAAGACUCACCCGCUCAUCCCUGAAACCGAGCCCCUGUACCUGUUGUCAGAUCUACGGCAGCCCAGGAUCAUGCCCUCAGUGUCAGAGGGCGACAUCAGUGUCCAGGCCAAGCAGAAGCCCAAGAAGGACUUCAAGAAGAGGCCUGUUUCUGACGUACCACCAGGGAAGAAAACAGUAGAAGGGCUGCCUCCUCCGGGUAUGAAGAAAGGAGCGAGGUCAGAGGUGAAGAAGAUGGGUCCUUUAAAGGUGGCCCACCUCAAUGGACUGUCAAUGUCUAGGAUGCCAAUGCAUGAUGAAGCCAAGGACGAACCUGAAAAAGCCUCUAAUGACGAGAGGUGUAAAGCUCUGGAGCUGCAUGUGGAGCAGGGUAAUGUCUUCAAGGAGUAUGAGGACAUCCCAAAGCGUUGGCCAACAGCAGAAUGUACAAUCGCUCAGCUGCCAGAGAACGGGGAGAGAAACCGCUUCCAGGACGUCCUGCCUUACGACGACACUCGAGUGGAGCUGGUUCCCACUAAAGAGAACAACACGGGCUACAUCAACGCGUCACACGUCAGAAUCACAGUGAGUGGACAAGAGUGGAGCUACAUCGCCACUCAGGGUCCGUUGCAGCACACCUGUCAGGAUUUCUGGCAGAUGGUGUGGGAGCAAGGCGUCUCCAUAAUCGCCAUGGUUACAGCUGAGGAGGAGAGCGGUCGAGAAAAGAGCUUCCGUUACUGGCCCCGACUUGGCACCCGACACACCCACGUGACGUACGGACGCUUCAAGAUCACCACGCGGUUCAGGACGGAGUCGGGCUGCUACGCCACCACAGGACUCAAGAUCAAACAUCUGCUGACGGGACAGGAGAGGACAGUGUGGCACCUGCAGUACACGGACUGGCCCGACCACGGCUGUCCCGAAGACUUCAAAGGCUUCCUCACAUAUCUGGAGGAAAUCCAGUCUGUGAGGAGACACACAAACAGCAUCAGUGACCCGAAGAACACCAACCUGCCUGUGCUGGUCCACUGCAGCGCCGGAGUGGGUCGCACUGGAGUGGUCAUCCUGUCCGAGGUUAUGAUAGCCUGUCUGGAACACAACGAGAUGUUGGAUGUGCGCACCGUCCUGACGGAGCUGCGUAAACAGAGGAUGCUGAUGGUCCAGACUUUGUCUCAGUACAACUUCAUCUACAAAGUCCUUAUCCAGUACCUGCGCAACUCCAGACUCAUCUGAGCAGCAGACGCGUCGUCACCCAUCGACGACUGGGAAUAGAUCACCUCAGGAUUUGUGCCAAACUGCACCGUGAUGAAGCAGCUGGAUGAAAGCGGCAGCGAUCGGAGGUUGAAGGUCGUCACCGGCCCGUGUUUCAGACGAGUAUUAAAGCAGGCGAGGCUGACAGAGCAGAAAGACUCACCACCUGCCUCUAAACAGUAUUAAACAGUCCGUUUUUACACUCAGUUCUGCUUAAAAAAAAAAAAAACACCCAGCACUUUGACACGCUGUACAUAAUGAACCAACGUUAAGCUCACACACACACACACACACACACACAGUUUAUCACCAACAGCUGAUGGAGUCAGAUUGGUUUGACGUUUGCUGAAGCACCUGUUGGUUCUGUUCAUGAAGGACGGUUUAAUGAAGGGUUAACGGUGGAGAUGAGAAGGCACUGGUUUGUACUUCAACUGAAUCUGGACUCACGUUUAGCACCAUGAUGAUGAUGAUGAUGAUGAUGAGUGUAAACUGUCAUGUCGUCAGGAUUUGGAAGGAAAAAAGUUCUGCCCGGUGUUCAGGAAUCGUCACAUAACACAAAUCGAUUAAUUUAACUAGCUGCAUCUUGUUUUGGGUGGUUUAGUUUGAGAAAUCAGCGUUAAUUUGGAGUUAAUGGGUCACAUGAUAUUUAAGUUACAGAUAGAAGUCUUAACUUUUCCAUAAAAAGUUCAAAAAUUCACUAAAUAUAGGUGAGUGUAGUGAUAUUUGGAGUUGGAGUCACUGGAGAAAACGGUUUAUUUUAAUAGUAAGUUGGAUUUACACAUUAGCAAUAGAAGUUUUUGAUCGCUAGUAUUUAACGGACAUGUUUUAUCGAAAAAUCUGCACUUUUUCGACUGGAACUGAUUAAUCUGAAAAAUCACAAAAAUGGCAUCGUAGCUCUGCAGACUUCUCACGCUCAAAAUGUAAUUUAUUAUCUGAGAAAAUGUAAAACUAAAACCAUAAAUCAUCUGUAAUGUUGAGAUUUUGUUCAAUUUCAUGUGACGACGACUGAAAACCAGGCUGAACUGAGGCGACUAGUUUGAGUUGGUGAAUCCGAUGCACUUCUUUAACAGGUGACACAUGAAGGAAAAACGACAAUGUACUGAACAACCACAGAAACACAAGGAUGAUAGAUUUAGUCAAAAUGUCACUGAACCUCUUAAGACCCAGCGAUGCACUUUUGUCGUUUUAUAUGGGACAAGAGUUUCACAGCUUUACUUUAAAACAAUAAAAUAUGCCAUUUCCAAUCAAGACCAUUAUUUAUAGUAAAAAAAAAAAAGCUAAACCUUUGACUGUCCCUGGUCUCAGGAGGUUAAGUGCCUCAACAUUUAGAUAAAAUGUCAAAGAAAGUCCAUCUUAAUUCAUACUUUACCUUUAUAAUCUGGAUUCUUGUCUUAUUAUUCACACAGCUGGUCAAUUAAUAAGUUUUCAUUUUUUAAUUUUGAUCAUAAAAGCCUAAGUUUCUGUUGUUCAGUAUUUAUGCAUUUUUCAGUUAAAGUUGACACUUUCGGGCUGUUUUCGUUGCACAGAAAUGUAAUGUUUAAGGGAAGAAAGUCACGGCAGGUUUUUGGGUUAAAGCUUAAAACUGGAAAAUUAAUUUUAUACUCUAUUUUUUUUUUUUAUUGUUUGCUUUUGAAACUGAGCAAAAACCGUAUACUUUUAAGAUGUUUGUCGAGAUGAAGUGCCUGAUCUUUUGCAUUUUUACAGCUGAAGGGCUUUUUUUUUUUUUAAUUGCAAAGUGGUUUUAGACACACACCCCCCCUCACCUUUUUGUGCUUUUUUGAGGUGGAAUGGGUCGGGAAAGCAGGUAGACACACUCGACCGUCACCCCUGGAGAUACAAACCUCUGAGGUGCGUCAUGGAGGACAGUAUUGGCGUGUGUUGGUCGGCUCGGUGCAGUGUUUGUGCUUGUACAUCACCUUUGCUGGCAGCGGUGCUCUGUAUUAGAACGUCUCAGGACCACGUCAGACCAGGUGGGCGGUCUUCGAUACAGUAUUCUUACUCUGUUUCACUUGAACCUUUAUCAACUUUACACUGAACCGGACGUGUUCCACUUCCUGCUGUAUCUGGAAUAACUUUAAAACAAAAAAAAAACAAAAAAAAAAAAACAAGACGCUCUGCAAAACUCUGCAACCAGACAUGUAUUUAACUGGAUCUCUUUAGCGUUUGCUUGCGACGUGUGGUUUGAAGAUCGAAGUCUUUAGCGACGAGACUGAAUGGAGUGAUUUUGUAACCGUGGUGUCCAUGUACAGGUUAUGUUCAUAAUGUAAACAGUGUAAAAUUCUCCUUUAUCGGUUACUGUACAAACUGUAAAAACUGUAACUACUGAACAAAAAAAAAA